AUGGAGAGCAAAUUUGUGGUAAUCUGUCUCAAAACCCUCCUCCUCAUCUACUCCUUUGUCUUUUGGACCACUGGGAUGAUUCUAUUGGCUAUGGGAGUCUGGGGAAAGCUUACUCUGGGUGUCUAUAUCUCUCUUCUGGUCAGGAACUCCACAAAUGCUCCCUCUGUGCUCAUUGGAACUGGUGUCACAAUUGUCGUUUUUGCUCUACUGGGAUGUUUUGCUACAUGCCGAGGUAGCCCAUGUCUGCUGAAGCUGUAUUCUCUGCUUCUGUUGUUGGUAUUCCUGGCUGAGCUUGUCGCUAGUGUUUCCGUGCUUAUAUAUCAUCGUGAGAUCAAGGACAGAUUCCUGAAGACUUACUCCAACGCUGUGCAGAAUUAUGAUGGCAAGGAUGAGAAGAGCCAGGCAGUGGACCAGGUGCAACAAUAUCUGACCUGCUGUGGUGUGAGUAACUACACCAACUGGAACGCCAGCUCCUACUUCCUGGAUCAUGGUAUCCCCCGCAGUUGCUGUAAGGAUAAAACUGACUGUAAUUUCCAGGAUCUACACAAUCUGACUGCAGCUGCUACCAAAGUUAGCCAGAGGGGCUGCUAUGAUCUGAUGAUGGGUUUCUUGCAGGCACACAUGGGGCUCAUCAUUGGAGUGCUGUUUUUAAUCACAUUCUCCCAGCUGAUUGGCAUGAGGCUGUCCUGUUGUCUGUCCCGGUUCAUCAUAGCUCAUCUGUAUGAGACCAUGAGAAAGGGUAUUGACAAACAAUAG